AUGGAUGAUCAAACGCUGGGGGUCACCGACGCCGGAUCCCCGCUUGAAACCCUAGAAGAGGUUGAGGUCGCGGCCACGGACGCUUCCGCCAAAUCCAAACGCUCAAAGCUGCGCGUCGCCUUAUGCAUCGCCAAAUACGCUGUGUGCGGCGUCUGCGCAUUCCUCGGCAUUCAAUUCCUCGUCAUGGCUGUCUACAUCGCUGUAAUCGUGAUGUUCUUCCCAAUGUCCCCGUCCCUGCGCCUCCACUCCCUCUCCGUCUCCCAUUUCAAGAUCUCUCGCCAGGACGUCGCCUCCGCUUGGGCCGCCUCCUUCUCCAUCCAAAACCCUAACGAUUUUCGAGCCUUCAACUUGAACAUUGUGGAGGCUCCGAUAACUUACAAGAAGGAUAUGGUAUCCGCGGGAUCCGCGGUCCAAGUCGACGCGGUUCCGAACAAGGAAGUGAGGUUCGCGGUGACGUUCGGUUUCGCACGGUGGAAAGUGGACGAGGGGGUGCAGGAGGCGAUGCAGCGGGAUCGGGAUCGGGAGCAGGGAAGAAUGAAAUUCGAUCUGUCAAUGGCGAUGCAGGGAGAGCUGGUGGUGGCUAAGUACUUCAGGAAGCCUAUAAUCAUGAACGCGGUUUGUAUGCGCUUGAAUGUCACGGUUAACUUUUCCACAGGUGCAGGACUCUGGAUUGAUUCCGCCCCUAAGGACUGCAUUGUUCUCAUGUAA